UUAUCUGAUUUGCAUACUAAGCGUCUAAUAACAACAUGUAGAAUAAUAGUAAAACAACUAUAACAAAAAUAUACAAAUACAUAAAUAUAAUCUAAAAAAAAUAUUAUUAUUAACUGUGGUGUGGUGCAGUCUGUAAACAUUUGAAACUAAAAUUUAUAUGUAAACCCAAUCAAAUUUCUCUUGUCAUACUUUAACUGCUGGUUCGCAUAUUUAUAACUUUGAUUUAAAAAAUAUAUAUUUUGUUUGCAAAGUCAGAAAUGCAAUUUUUGCUAUUAUUUUUAUUCAGGACAUGUAAAUUUCAUGUUUGUCAAAAAAGAAAUAUACUAUAAUUAUUGGAAUAUAAAAAACAUUAAUAUACUAAAAAAGAGAGAGAGUUUUUGGUAACUGAAAAUUGAUGGGUUGUUAGCGAAUGAUAGCAAAGAUGAGUUGUUUUGCUUGGUUUUUAUUUGACCCACUAGUGAGUUGACUUGUUGAGGCUUUGCUGUUUCUUUUCCUUUUUCUUGUCUACACUGGUAAUACCCCCCAAAAAAAUUAAAAGUUUUAAUUUCUAUCCUUUCUGGCAAAGUUCUCUGCUUUUCGGUUCUUGAGCUCUCUCUCUCUCUCUCUCUCUCUCUCUCUCUCUCUCUCUCGAGCUAUUAAGCGCGCAGACACACACGAGCGGGCUCGAUUUCUCAUUCCAACCUUUUCACCUUUACUCUUUUUCUAGAUCGUUUCUUUAAGUUUGACUCUUUUGUUACCGUUUUGUAAGUUAAAAAGAACGAUAAGCAAUAACUGUGUGUUUUGUCUGAUCUAUUCCUUGUCCGAAGAAUUCAACGCGGUUUUGAACUGGUCAAAGUCUCAGAUUGAGAUAAAUCAGACAAGAGAGACUUGGUAAAGGGAAGGGGGUUUAUGGUUUGUCUGAAGAAACACUGAAAAUGGGUUGUGAGGUUUCCAAGUUUUGUUGCGGUUCAGAACCUUCAGGAUCCAAUCAUGGAGUCACUUCCUCAGGUGUUGAUGAUAGGAUAGGUGAAGGGAAUGAUCUGCCUCAGUUCCGUGAAUUCUCUAUAGAGACGCUAAGGAAAGCUACAUCAGGUUUUGCUACGGAGAAUAUAGUAUCAGAACAUGGAGAGAAAGCUCCUAACGUUGUCUACAAAGGGAAGUUGGAUAAUCAGAGACGUAUUGCUGUUAAAAGGUUUAACAGGAAAGCUUGGCCUGAUUCUCGUCAGUUCCUGGAGGAAGCUAAAGCUGUUGGUCAGUUAAGGAACUAUAGGAUGGCAAACCUGCUUGGAUGUUGUUAUGAAGGGGAAGAGAGACUUCUUGUUACUGAGUUUAUGCCUAAUGAAACCUUGGCUAAGCAUCUUUUCCACUGGGAGUCACAACCGAUGAAGUGGGCAAUGAGACUAAGAGUAGCUUUACAUAUUGCUCAAGCUUUGGAGUACUGUACUGCCAAAGGGCGUGCGCUUUACCAUGACUUGAAUGCUUAUAGAGUUCUAUUUGAUGAUGACUCGAAUCCAAGGCUUUCUUGCUUUGGUCUGAUGAAAAAUAGUAGAGAUGGUAAGAGUUAUAGUACCAACCUUGCUUUCACUCCUCCUGAGUAUCUCAGAACAGGUCGCGUGACACCAGAAAGUGUGAUGUACAGUUAUGGCACUCUGUUGCUUGACCUUCUUAGUGGAAAACACAUUCCUCCUAGCCAUGCGCUGGACCUCAUAAGGGACAGGAACAUUCAAAUGUUGAUGGAUUCAUGCUUAGAGGGUCAGUUCUCAAUCAGUGACGGGACUGAACUCAUACGGUUAGCGUCUAGAUGCUUGCAGGAUGAGCCUCGUGAACGUCCUAACCCUAAAUCUCUAGUCACUGCAAUGAUCCCACUUCAAAAGGAUCUUGAGACUCCUUCACAUCAACUGAUGGGAAUACCAAGCAGUGCCUCAACAACUCCUCUUUCACCACUUGGAGAAGCAUGCCUAAGAACUGAUCUAACUGCUAUACAUGAGAUUCUUGAGAAACUUGGAUAUAAAGAUGAUGAAGGGGCAGCCACAGAGCUUUCAUUCCAGAUGUGGACCAACCAGAUGCAGGACUCGCUCAACUUCAAGAAAAAGGGUGAUGCUGCUUUCAGGCACAAAGACUUUGCAAAUGCUGCUGAAUGUUAUUCUCAGUUUAUAGAGGGUGGGACAAUGGUUUCACCAACUGUGUAUGCAAGGAGAAGUCUGUGUUACCUAAUGAAUGAUAUGCCACAAGAGGCACUGAAUGAUGCAAUGCAAGCCCAAGUGAUAUCUCCUGCUUGGCACAUCGCAUCUUAUCUUCAAGCUGUAGCCCUCUCGGCUCUAGGACAAGAGAACGAAGCUCACGCUGCUCUCAAGGACGGAUCAAUGCUGGAGAGCAAAAGAAACGCCCUAUGAUGAUGAUGAUGGAAACAAAAAUACAAGAGGAAAAUUGUUUCCGUCUUCUUACAAUAACCAAAACACCGCAUAGGCUUUGCAGAAUAAGAUCAAUACCCACCGUCCAUCAUCCUCAUAAGUAGAUAAGCUACUAAACAGUUAUCAUCAUCUUCAUCACCAUCGGGAUUUGCUCUAGUUGUUCCCUUUACCUUGUUCAUUAUUUCUCUCCAAGUACUUGAAGCAUUCAUUUGGUCUCGUUUUUGUUUUCAACUGAAAUGACAUUUCGCUGUUAUACAUAAGAAAAAAUUGCAUAUGUGUUGAAUCAUUUGAUGGAGAUUUGAUUAUAUAUUGGGAAUGGUGUGAUUGUGGAUUUUCUUUGAUGGGUUCCAAUGUUUUGUAAUCAAUGUUUUGUAAUAAUAUGUAAAGAGAGCACUUUGUAUAUUGACUUUUGAUGAUCUUUUAAAUUUUGCAUAUCA